AAUCUGUCAUUUCAUAAAUUUUUACAUGGAAUUAUCUUUUCAAUUCAGUGUUUUUUCACAAUUUGACCCACAUUUGUGAAUAAAAUCGAAGUAACGAUGUCAGAAUCUGAGAACGUGGAAAAAUCUGUUGAAUUUCCUGAAACAGACUAUGUAGAAGAUGGACAAAAUAAAUUGAUAAUCAAAUGUAAAUAUUGCACAUCGAAAAUUUUAGAUAAAAAGUCUGCUAAGUAUAUCACUCAAGAGAAAGAUCUGCCGCUAAUGCAACAGGACAAAAAUAAAGAGGGUGAAGUGCAAAGUGAAAAAAUUAAUCAGUUCUAUCAUGUUGAAAACAUGUAUACGUUCGAGAAUAUAGGCUUUACACAUACUGUCGCCAACCACAAGUACCUAAGUUGUGCAGAUUGUGAUGCUGGACCUGUGGGAUACUAUGACAUGGAUACUAAACAUAGUUAUGUCGCACUUUCGAGGGUAGAACAUAUUUAAUAAUACUUUAAUCACAAUGCUAUACCUCUUAUGCUGUAGAUAGAUAAUUUAUAAUAAAAUGAUAUAUCUUAUCAAAGUUGCAUAAUAGAAAUUUUCAUAUAUCCAAACAUAAUUAUGUCGGAAAACCUGUUAAUAUUCAAAUAAAUUUUUAAACAAUAAUUAAUACUAGAAGAAAUUUGAUGCAAUUAGAUGGCAACAAUAUGU